AUGGAGCCCGAGGACUUGCCGUGGCCCGGCGAGCUGGAGGAGGAGGAGGAGGAGGAGGAGGAGGAGGCGGCGGCAGCGGCGGCGGCAGCGACGGAGGAGGAGGCAGAGAACUCGAACGAGAUCGUGAUGGUGGAGGAGGUGGAGGAAGAGGCGGGGCCCGAAUUGGACUCCGACUUUAACUACGACUACCAGGGUCUGGAGAGCACCGACGACGAGGAGGACGAGGAGGCCAAGGCCUGGCUGCAGGCGCCCCCAGGCAGGACCUUGUUGCCGCCGCCGCCCCCGAGACACCGCUAUUCAGAGGGCGAGCGGGCCUCCCUGGAGAGAACGGAAUCCUGGCAUUGUCUUCCUCAAGAAAUGGGCUCUUCCCAAACCUUGGAUACGUCCCAGACCAGGCUUAAUGUGAGAGCAGAAGGCACCAAAGUGACAGACUUCCCUUCACUGGAGGAAGGUGUAUUGAACCAAACAGAAAAUCGAGUAAAGGAUUCCAACAGAGAUCUCUUAUGUUCUCCUUUGCUAGUCAUACAGGAUAGCUUUGCUUCUCCUGAUUUGCCUUUGCUGACAUGUUUGACACAAGACCAAGAAUUUGGGCCUGACUCCUUAUUUCACCAAAGUGAAUUAGAUUUUGCACCUCUGAGGGGAAUUCCUGAUAAAUCUGAAGACACUGAAUGGUUUUCUCGACCAUCAGAAGUUAGUGAAGCUUUAUUCCAGGCUACCUCAGAAGUACCUUCAGAUUUAGUUAAUAGUAGCUUUUGUAUAUCUCAGCAUCCACUUAUAGGUGGUGUGGCUGUUGGCUCUCAGUGCUCUUUUUCACCUCCUGAACAAAGAAAUAAUGAAGAGACUAUUUCAUCUGAUACUGUUGAUGAACUGAAAACCCCUAAAGACUCUGAUACUUAUGAUGCUCUUUGUUCAUCCAUGCCAUGGAAAACACAAAAAGAUAUACAGCAGCCAGAAACCAAUUUAGCUGAUAAAGAUCAAGUUUCGGUUUCUUCUUUAUCUGAUAUAAUUGAUGAAAACACAGCUACUGAAAGAAGUGACAGUUUUGAUGCUUCUUGUUCAUAUGUGCAGUAUUGGAAACAGGAAGCUUUACAGCAAGCAGAAACAUAUUUAACUAAGGGCCUGCAGGGGAAGGCUGAGUCUGACGUCAUUACUAUGGAUGAUCAUACUGAAUACAGUAGCCUAUAUGAAAAUGCUGUUGUGGGCAGUGAAAGAGUUCCUGAUCUACAAAGAAAGGUAGGUCAGUCUAACAUGGGCAAUAGUCAGUCUUUUUCAUCUUUAUUGCCUCAAUUUGUUCCUCAUGAGCCAACCAGAGAGUUGGAAUAUCACUCUUCAAAUCUCAGAAUGUUGAGGGUAUCUCCUGACACUGUGCCAGCGACUCUCAAACAUUUAGCAGGAGGCAUUUCUAAAGGAGGCACAGCUGAAAUUAUUCAAUCUAACUUGAAAUCAGGCAUCACUACCACUCCUGGAGAUUUAGACUUUGGGUCUCAUUUAUCCUUGUCCCUUGAGGACGUGACUCAGUUGGCUUUAAGUUCUCCUCAAGAGAAUACUAUUGGUCAACACACUGAUACUCUCAACCAAAAGACAUUAGCAGAUACUCAUCUAAGUGAAGAGACUCUGAAAGCCUCAGUUAUUCCUGAACCAGCUGACCAGAAGACUGGAAUACCAAUAGUACCCUCUAAUUUCUACUCACCUAGGGGGAAGCCCAAUGUUUUCUACCAGUCAGUCUUGCCAGAUAGUCAUCUAACUGAAGAGACUCUGAAAGUUUCAGCUGUUCCUGGAUCAGUUGACCAGAAGACUGGCAUAUCAACUGUAACUUCCAAUGUCUACUCCCAUAGAGAGAAUUCCAGUAUUUUCUACCAACAGGCCUUGCCAGACAGUCAGAUACUUGAAGAGGCUCUGAAAGUUUCAGCUGUUCAUGGGCCAGGAGACCAGAAGACUGGCAUAAAAAGUGUAACCUCUACUUCCUUCUCACAUAGAGAGAAACCCGGUUUUUUCUACCAACAGGUCUUGCCAGGCAGUCAGAUACCUGAAGAAGCUCUGAAAGUUUCAGCUCUUCGUGGACCAGGAGACCAGAAGACUGGCAUACCAAGUGUAACCUCUACUUCCUACCUGCAUAGAGAGAAGCCCAGUAUUUUCUACCAACAAGAGUUGCCAGAGAGUCAUUUAACUGAAGAGCCUCUGAAAGUUUCAGCUGCUCUUAGAUCAGCUGACCAGAAGACUGGGAUAACUACAGUCUCCUCCAGUACCUACACACAUGGAGAGAAGUCCCUUUUUUUCUAUCAGCAGACUUUACCAGAAAGUCAUCUGACUGAUCAGGCUCUGAAAGUUUCACCUGUUCCUGGACCCUCAGACCAGAAGACUGAGACAGCAACAGUACCCUCUACUUUGUACUCAUACACAGAGAAGCCUGGUUUUUUCCACCAGCAAGAGUUGCCAGACAGUCAUCUAACUGAAGAGGCUCUGAAAGUUUCAAUUGUUUCUGGACCAGCUGAUCAGAAGACUGGGACACCAAGUAUUACUUCUACUUCUUAUUCACAUGGAGAGAAGCCCGGUAUUAUCUACCAACAGGAUGAACCAGACAGUCAUCUACCUGAAGAGGCCCUGAAAGUUUCAGGUGUUCAUGGAAUAGCAGACCAGAAGUCUGGCAUACCAAUUGUAACCCCUACUUCACUUAGAGAGAAGCCCGGGAUUUUCUACCAAAAGGCCUUCCCAGGUAGUCAAAUACCUGAAGUGGCUCUGAAGGUUUUAGCUGUUUCGGUACCAGCUAACCAGAAGACUGGCAUACCAACCUCUACUUCCUACUCACAUAGAGAGAAGUCUAGUAUUUUCGACCAACAGGCUUUGCCAGGUAGUCGUCUACCUGAAGAGGCUCUUAAAGUUUUAGCUGUUUCUGGGCCAGCAGACCAGAAAACUGGGAUACCAACAGUACACACUAGUUGCUACUCACAGGGAGAGAAGCCUGGUGUUUUCUACCAACAAGAGUUGCCAGAUAGUCAUCUAACUGAAGAGCCUCUGAGAGUUUCAGCUACUCCUGGUCCAGCUGACCAGAAGACUGCGAUACCAAUAGUACCCUCUAAUUCUCAUUCACAGAGAGAGAAACAUAGUAUUUUGUACCAACAGGUGUUAAUAGGUAGUCAUCUACCUGAAGAGGGUCUGAAAGUGUCAUUUGUUUCUGGACCAGCUGACCAGAAGACUGGGAUACCAACAGUACUUUCAGGUUCCUACUCACAUAGAGAGAAGCCCAGUAUUUUCCAUCAGCAAGAGGUACCAGAUGGUCAUCAAUCUGAAAAGGCUCUGAAAGUUGUAACUAUUCCUGGACCAGGUGACCAGAAGACUGAGUUAUCAUCAGAACCAUCUAGUUCCUACUCACAUAGAGAGAAGCCCAUUAUUUUCUCUCAGCAGACCUUAUCAGACAGUAAUUUACCUGAAGAAGCUCUGAAAGUUUCAGGUGUUUCUGGACCAGCUGACCAGAAGACUGGGAUACCAACAGUACUUUCAGGUUCCUAUACAGAUAGAGAGAAGCCCAGUAUUUUCCAUCAGCAAGAGGUGCCAGAUGGUCAUCAACCUGAAGAAGCUCUGAAAGUUUCAGCUGUUUCUGGACCAGCAGACCAGAGGACUGGGACACCUACAGUAUCUUCUACUUCCUACUCAUUUGGAGAGAAACCUGGUAUUUUCUACCAACAGGUCUUGUCAAGUAGUCAUCUAACUGUAGAAGAUCUGAAAGUUUCAGUUGCUCCUGGACCAGCUGACCAGAAGACUGGCAUACCACCUGUAACAUCUGCUUCUUACUCAUGUAGAGAGAAGCCUGGUAUUUUCUACCAACAGGCCUUGUCAAGUAGUCAUCUAACUGUAGAAGCUCUGAAAGUUUCAGUUGCUCCUGGACCAGCUGACCAGAAGACUGGCAUACCAACUGUAACCUCUGCUUCUUACUCACGUAGAGAGAAGCCUGAUAUUUUCUACCAACAGGCCUUGCCCAGUAAUCAUCUACCGGAAGAGGCUCUGAGAGUUUCAGUUGCUCCUGGACCAGAUGACCAGAAGACUGGCAUACCAACUGUAACCUCUACUUCCUACUCACACAGAAAGAAGCCUGUUAUUUUCUAUCACCAGGCCUUACCAGAUAGUCAUCUACCUAAAGAGGCUCUAAAAGUUUCAGCUGCUCCUGGACCAGCAGACCAGAAGGCUGGGGGGACACCAACUGUAUCUUCUACUGCCUACUCACUUGGAGAGAAGCCUGUUUUCUACCAACAGGCCUUGUCAGACAGUCAUCGAACUGAAGUGCCUCUGAAAGCUUCAUUUGUUUCUGUACCAGCUGAACAGAAGACAACGAUACCAUCAGUAUCUUCAAGCUCUUACUCACUUGGAGAGAACCCCAUUAUUUUCUACCAACAGACCCUGCCAGAUAGUCCUCUAACUAAAGAGGCUCUGAAAGUUUUAGCUGCUUCUGGACCAGCAGACCAGAAGACUGGGACACCACUGAUAUCCUCUACUCCCUACUCACUUGGAGAGAAGUCUGUUAUUUUCUACCAACAGGCCUUGUCAGACAGUCAUCUACCUGAAGAAGCUCUUAUAGUAUCAGCUGCUUCUGGACCAGCUAACCAGAAGACUGGAAUACCAACAGUACCCCCUAGUUUAUUUUCACACGGAGAGAGGCCCAUUAUUUUCUACCGACAGGUCCUGCCAGACAGUCAGCUAACUGAAGAAGCUCUGGAAGUUUCACCUGUUUCUGGACCAGUUGACCAAAAGACUGGGAUACCUACUGUAACUUCUCCUUCCUACUCAGAUAGAGAGAACCCUAUUGUUUCUUACCAACAGGUGUUGUCAGAUGGUCAUCUAACUGAAAAGGCUCUAAGAGUUUCAGUUGUUCCUGGCACAGCAGACCAGAAGACUGGGAUAACAACAGUAACCUCUAUGUCCUCUACCUCCUACUCACAUAGAGAAAAGCCCAUUAUAUCUUACCAGCAAGAGUUACCAGAUAUUACUGAAGAAGCUUUGAAUGUUUUAGGGGUUCCUGAACUAGCUGACCAGAAGACUGGGAUACAAACAGUGCCAUCUACCCCCUACUCACAUAGAGAGAAGCCCAUUAUUUCAUACCAGCAAGAGCUGCCAGAUAAUUCUGAAGAAGCUUUGAAAGUUUUAGGGGUUCUUGGACGAGCUGACCAGAACACUGGGAUACGAAUAGUGCCCAUUACUUCCAACUCAGAGAGAGAGCAGUCCAUCAUUUACCAGCAGGAGUUGCCAGAUCUUACUGAAGUAGCUUUGAAAGCAGUAGGGGUUCCUGGGCCAGCUGACCAGAAGACUGGGAUACGAACUGUGCCCUCUACUCCCUAUUCACAUAGAGAGAAACCCAUUAUUUCAUACCAGCAAGAGUUGCCAGACCUUACUGAUGAAGCUUUGAAAGCAGUAGGGGUUCCUGGGCCAGCUGACCAGAACACUGGGAUACGAACUGUGCCGUCUACUCCCUAUUCACAUAGAGAGAAGCCCAUUAUUUCAUACCAGCAAGAGUUGCCAGACCUUACUGAUGAAGCUUUGAAAGCAGUAGGGGUUCCUGGGCCAGCUGACCAGAAGACUGGGAUACGAACUGUGCCCUCUACUCCCUAUUCACAUAGAGAGAAACCCAUUAUUUCAUACCAGCAAGAGUUGCCAGACCUUACUGAUGAAGUUUUGAAAGCAGUAGGGGUUCCUGGGCCAGCUGACCAGAACACUGGGAUACCAAUAGUGUCCUCUAGUUUCUAUUCACGUGGAGAGAAGCCUAGUGUUUUUCAUCAGCAGGAGUUGCCAGGUACUACUGAAGAAGCAUUAGAUGUUUUUGUUCUUCCUGGACCAGGUGACCAGAAGACUGGGAUACCAGCAGUGCCUUUAAGUUACUAUUUACGUAGAGAAAAGCCAAAUGUUUUCUCUCAACAGGAGUUGCCAGACAGCCAUCUCACUGAAGAAGCACUGAAAGUUUCAGCUGUUCCUGUACCAGCAGAGCAGAAGACUGGGAUACCAACAGGACCUUCCAGUUCCUACUCACAUAGAGAAAAGCCCAGUGAUUUUUAUCAACAGGCCAUGCCAGAUCGUCAUCUAAUAGAAGAGGCUCCGAAGGCUUUAUCUGUUCCUGGACUAGCUGACCCAAAUAGUAGGAUACCUGUGCUACCAUCUAGUUCCUACACACAUAAAGAGAAACUCACGGUUUCAACUGUGGAUAUACCAGAUGACCAGAAAACUGAGUUACCAACAGCUACCUUUAGUUCCUACUCAAAUAGAGAGAAACCCAAGAUUUCAACUGUGAUUGGACCACAUGACCAGAAGACUCCAUUACUGACAGUUUUUCGUAGUUCCUAUUCUCAAAGAGUAAAGCCUGGUGUUUUCUCUCAACAGCAGUUGCCAGAUAGAGAUGAAAAUGAAGAUAUUCUAAAGAUUUCAGCUGUCCAUGAACCAACUGAUGUGAAUACUGGAAUAGCAGUACCUUUCUCUAGUUCCUAUUUACAUAGAGAGAAAUCUAAUAAUUUCUAUCCACAGGAAUUGCCAGACAGACAUCUUACUGAAGAUGUGCUGAAUGUUUCAACAAUUCCUGGACCAGCUGAUCAGAAAAUGAUGUUACCAACAGUUCCUCCUAGUUCCUUUUCACACAGAGAGAAACCAAAUAUUUUCUAUCAAAAGGAUUUUCCAGAUAGACAUUUAACUGAAGAUGCUCUGAAGGUCUCAAGUGGUCUUGGGCCAGGCGAUCAAAUUAUUGGGUUACAAACAGUUCCGUCUGGUACUUACUCCCAUGAUGAGAAGCACAAACUUAUUUCAGAACAUGUCCAAAGGCUGAUAGAUAAUUUGAAUUCUUCUGACUCCAGUGUUAGCUUAGACAGUGUGCCUUUAAAUUCUCAGACUGAUGAUAGAAUUGUACUAAAUAAGCCAGAAUCUUCAGGUUUUGGAGAUGUUGUCUCUGAGGAAAUCCGGGAUACAGACAAUAGUUCUAAAACUCUUAAAGAAAUUCGGACACUUUUAAUGGAGGCAGAAAACAUAGCACUGAAGCGAUGUAAUUUUCCUGCUCCCCUUGUCCCUUUCAGAGAUGUUAGUGAUAUUUCAUUCAUACAAUCGAAGAAGGUGGUUUGCUUCAAAGAACCCUCCACAAAUGAUGUAUCUAACAGCAAUUUGCUUCAGGGAGUGCCAUUCACAGAGGAAAGCGCAAGCAACAGGAGCAUACAGAAGGAUAUUGGCACACAGACGAACUUGAAAUGCCAGAGAGGCUUUGCAAAUUGGGAGUUUGUUAGUUCAACUACAGUUAAAAGUCCUCUACAGGAGGCAGAAAGCAAAGCCAAUGUAGAUGAAACCCUUAGGCAAUAUGCAGCAGCCAAAUCUGUAAUGAGGUCUGAACCUGAAGGGUGUAGUAGAACCAUUGGGAAAAAAAUUAUUAUUCCAAUGAUGACUGUCAUAGAAAGUGACUCAAGUAGUGAUGCAAGUGAUGGAAAUGGUUCCUGCUCAUGGGACAGUAAUUUACCAGACUCUUUGGAAUCUGUUUCUGAUGUUCUUCUAAAUUUCUUUCCAUAUGCCUCACCCAAGACAAGCAUAACAGAUAGCAGAGAGGAAGAGGGUAUUUCAGAGAAUGAGGAUAGUGGUGGCAGCAGUAUAGAUUCACUGGCUGCACAUGUGAAGAAUCUUCUGAAAUGUGAAUCCUCAUUGAAUCAUGCUAAACAAAUACUCAGAAAUGCAGAGGAAGAGGAAUGUCGGGUACGAGCACGAGCCUGGAAUCUGAAGUUUAAUUUAGCACAUGAAUGUGGAUACUCCAUUUCAGAAUUAAAUGAAGAUGACAGGAGGAAAGUAGAAGAGAUCAAGGCAAAGUUGUUUGGUCAUGGGAGAACAACUGACUUGUCCAAGGGUCUACAGAGUCCACAGGGAAUAAGAUGCAAGCCAGAAGCUGUAUGUAGUCACAUUAUUAUUGAGAGCCAUGAGAAAGGAUGUUUCAGGACUCUAACUGCUGAACAACCACAACUGGACAGCCACCCUUAUGUUUUCAGAUCUCCUGAACCCUCAGAAAUGAUCAGAGGACGGCAGAGUCCAUCAUCGUGGAGAGCCAGGCAUAUCAACCUUUCAACAUCACUAGACCAGAGCAACCCCCAUUUCAAAGUUUGGAAUUCUUUGCAGUUACAAAGUCAUUCCCCACUUCAAAACCUAAUACCUGAUGACUUCAAAAUUAGCGAGGGUCUUCGAAUGCCAUUCCGAGAAAAAAUGGACCCUUGGCUGUCGGAAUUUGUAGAACCUAUUUGUGUGCCACCUAAAGAAGUGGAUUUUCAUUCUUUGUCACAAAUGCCGCCCCCAGAACCCAUGAAAAAGUUUACUACCUCCAUCACUUUUUCUUCUCACCGACAUUCUCAAUGCAUUUCAGACUCCUCUGUUCUUAAGGUUGGUGUUACUGAAGGUAGCCAGUGUACUGGAGCAUCUGUGGGGGUAUUUAAUUCUCAUUUCACUGAAGAGCAAAAUCUUCCUAGAGAUCUAAAACAGAAAACCUCUUCCCCUUCAUCAUUUAGAGUGCUUAGUCAUUCACCAGAUAAAGAUGUGACUAUUUUAGCAGAAGGUAAUAGGCAAAGCCAAAAAUUACCUGUUGAUUUUGAGCAUUCUCAUCAAGAAGAAAAACUCUUAGAGAGAACAGAUUUUAAAGUCAGUCAUUCUGAGCCCAGUACCAGUGCAAAUUGUAGUGAUUUCAAGGAAAUUCAAAUUUCUAGUAACCAGGCCCUCAUUAGCAUGGGCAGACCAAGUUCCACAUUAGGAGUAAGCAGACUGAGUUCCACACUAGGAGUAAAAAAGAAGACUGUGACUAUAACUCCAGAUCUUCCUUCGCACAUUUUUCUUGAACAACAAGAGCUCUUUGAACAAAGCAAAGCCCCACAUGCAGAUCACCAUAUGAGAAAACACCAUUCUCCCCCUUGUCAGCAUCAGGAUUAUGUAGCUCCAAACCUACCUUCUUGCAUUUUUCUUGAACAACGAGAACUCUUUGAACAAAGCAGAGCCCCACAUGCAGAUCAUCAGAUGAGAGAAAACCAUUCCCCCCUUCCUCAAUGUCAGGAUUAUAUAGCUUCAGACCUUCCCUCUCCCAUUUUUCUUGAACAAUGUCAAAGCAAAGCCCCAGGUGUAGAUGACAACAUGAGAAAAAACCAUCUCCCCCUUCCUAAAGGUCAGGAGUGUGUAGUAGAAAAGAAUAAUCAACAUAAGCCUAAAUCUCACAUUUCUAAUAUGAUAAAUGUUGAAGCCAAAUUCAGUAAUGUGGUCUCUCAGUUGGUCCCAAAUUACAAUACAUUAUCAACAUCUGCAUCUACUCCACCUUCAAAUAGAAAAGCACUUUCUUGUGUUCGUAUAACUCUUAGUCCCAAGACUCCUUCCAAGUUGGAUAGUGGAACCUUAGAUAAAGGAUUUCAUUCAUUGGAUCCUGCUACUAAAACAAGGAUGAAUAGUGAGUUUAACUCUGACCUACAAACUAUAUCUUCGAGACCACUGGAAUCAACCUCCAAAUUAUUGACCAGUAAACCUAUAGCACAGGAUCAAGAAUCUUUAGGUUUUCUAGGACCUAAAUCUUCACUGGACUUCCAAGUUGUACAGUCUCCUCUUCCAGAUAGUAAUACUGUUACUCAGGACUUGAAAACCAUACCUUCUCAGAAUAGCCAGAUAGUAACCUCAAGGCAAAUACAAGUGAACAUUUCAGAUUUGGAAGGAUAUUCCCGUCCAGAGGGGACUCCAGUAUCUUCAGAUCGAUCACCAAAAGAGUUUAAGACCGCAUUUUCUGGAAAAUUGUCAUCUGAUGCAGUCACUCAGAUAACAACAGAAAGUCCAGAAAAGACCAUGUUUUCAUCUGAGAUUUUUAUUAAUGCCGAAGAUCGUGGACGUGAAAUGUUAGAGCCCAGUACCCAGAAGCUACACAAAGUUCCUGUUAAGUUUGCUUCAUCAUCUUCUGUCCAACAGAUUUCUUCUUCUCGUGGUAGAGAUGCCCAGCCUUUACUGUUGCCAUAUAAGCCUUCUCGUAGUACGAAGAUGUACUAUGUUCCACAAUUAAGAAAAAUUCCUUCAUCUCCGGAUUCCAAAUCAGACACCACCAUUGAAAGCUCACAUUCAGGAUCCAAUGAUGCUAUUGCUCCAGACUUCCCCACUCAGGUGUUAGGCACAAGAGAUGAUAACCUCCCAGCCACUGUUAACAUUAAACAUAAAGAAGGGAUCUACAGUAAGAGGGCAGUGACUAAGGCAUCCUUGGCAAAGAGGAAAAAACCCUUUCAAAAAGACAACACAGAUGCCUCAGUUCAAGUGUCCAUCACUGGGGAUGAGAACCUCUCAGACAAAAAACAGGAGGAAGAGGAGAUCUACAGUGAAAGCGCAGUGACUAAGGCUGCCCAGCCUGAAGAAAAAGAAUCCUUGCAGAAAGACACUGCAGGUUCCAGUGAUGCUGCUGCUGAAGAGCUUUUAGCUCAAGUACGAGAUGCAAAGAUCCAAAACCUACCAGACACUAAAGCCAUUAAACAGGAAGAGGAGAUCCACAGUGAGAGGAUAGGUCCUAAGGAAGCCUGGCCAGAAGAUAAAGAAUCCUUACAGAUAGAUAUUGAAGAGUCCGAAUGUCAUUCAGAAUUUGAAAAUACUACCCAUUCUGUCUUCAGGUCAGCCAAGUUUUACAUUCAUCAUCCAGUGCAUCUACCAAGUGAUCAAGACUUUUGCCAUGAAUCUUUGGGAAAAAAUGUUUUCACGAGGCAUUCUUGGAAAGAUUUCUUUCAGCAUCAUUCUGAAAAACAUAGAGAACACACUUCUAUUCCUCCCCCUUAUCAAAAUAUGGACAAGACUAAGAUAGAUUAUACCAGAAUAAAGAGCCUAAGCAUCAAUGUGAAUUUAGGAAACAAAGAAGUGAUGCACACUACUAAAAGUCAGGCUACAGAGUAUCCAAAAUAUAACAAACAAAUUAAUGAUCCAAAAAGGGAUCAUAAGGUCACCCCAGAGCUAACAACUCAGCACACUAAAAGUUUGAAUGAACUCUGGAACAAGUACCAGGAGCGACAGAGGCAACACAAGCCACCUGAGUUCAGUGACAGUAAAGAACCAUCCUUGGUAGAGCGACUUGACCGUUUGGCUAAACUUCUUCGGAGUCCCAUCACACAUACUCUUCAAGCCUCAGAAAGUACACACGAUGAUAGCAGAGGGGAACAAGAUAUUAAGGAAUGGAGUGGUAGACUGCAGCAUCAGAAAAACAAGCUUCAGAAAAAGAAGCGGUAUAAAAAUCUAGAGAAAAGCCACAAAAACAUGGAUGUUAAAAGAAACAAAGUGCUUUCUCAUCAAGCUAGGAGGUCCAAUCAGAUUAAAAUUGAACAGAUUAAAUUUGACAAAUAUAUUCUGAGUAAACAGCCAGGUUUCAAUCAUGUAAGCAACACUUCUUCAGAUUCUAGACCCUCAGAGGAGAGUGAACUGCUCACAGAUACUCCCACCAACAUCCUUUCCACUACCACUUCUCCUAUGGAAUCAGAUAUAUUGACCCAAACCGAUAGAGAUAUGGCUUUGCAUGAAAGGAGUAGCUCUAUUUCUACCAUAGACACUGCUCGAUUGAUCCAAGCUUUUGGCCAUGAAAGAGUAUGUUUGUCACCCAGGCGAAUUAAAUUAUAUAGCAGCAUCACCAACCAACAGAGAAGUUACCUUGAGAAGCGGAACAAGCACAGUAAGAAAGCAUUGUAUAUGGGUCAUCCUCAAAUGACUUCUGAGCACACCAGAAGGAGACACAUCCAGGUGGCAAAUCAUAUGAUUUCCUCUGAAUCUAUUUCAUCUUCUGCCAGUAGUUUCUUGAGCUGGAACUCUACCCUUUACAACAAUCAAAAUGUGCACAUGUUAAACAAGGGUGUACAAGCAGGUAACUUGGAGAUUGUGAAUGGUGCCAAAAAACAUACUCGAGAUGUUGGGAUGACUUUCCCAACUCCAAGUUCUAGCGAAGCUAGAUUAGAAGAGGACAGUGAUGUGACUACUUCUUGGUCAGAAGAAAAAAUUGAAGAGAAAAUGCUCUUUAUCAGUUAUCCUGGGGACAGAAAGUUAAGGAAGAACAAGCAGAAUUCCUGUGAAGGAGUUUCAUGGUUUGUUCCUGUGGAAAAUGUGAAAUCUGGAUCUAAGAAGGAAAACCUGCCCAAGAUUUAUGGCCCUGGUAUCUCCUGGUUUGAACCAAUAACCAAAACCAAACCCUGGAGGGAGCCACUGCGGGAACAGAACUGGCAGGGACAGCGCAUGGACGGUCAGGGGGCAUCAGCAGGCCCAGGCAGAGAUGAUGGCAGAGACCCACUGAGGCCAUUUGUGAGAGCAACUCUACAGGAAUCACUUCAGCUUCACAGACCUGACUUCAUCUCCCGCUCUGGGGAGCGGGUAAAGCGCCUGAAGUUAAUAGUCCAGGAGAGGAAGCUGCAGAACAUGUUACAGAGUGAGCGGGAUGCUCUAUUCAACACCGUGAGAGAAUGGCAGGGCUGCCGGAAUCCCAUGCACACGCUGCCCAAAAGAGUUUUCCUGGCUUCCCAGAAGAACAAGCCUAUUGGAAAGAAGGAAAUGAUUCAGAGGUCCAAAAGGAUUUAUGAGCAGCUUCCAGAAGUACAGAAAAAGAGAGAAGAGGAGAAGAGGAGAUCAGAAUAUAAGUCAUACCGGCUGCGAGCCCAGCUGUAUAAAAAGAAAGUGACCAACCAACUCUUGGGGAGAAAAGUUCCCUGGGACUGACAUAAGAUUAUUUUCCUCAGAGCCUUGGAAUUAUAUUUUAUGAACCUGGAGAAGCAUAAUCCUUACUUUUAUGAGUCUGGUUUAAUAAAGCUCACUCUUUGUCCAUGUGUAAUUUAGAUAUAGUAACUUCUAAAGAGUCUAGGGCACAGUGGAGAUUAAAAUUACAUAUGGUUUGGAAAUAACUGCCCCCAGGGCUGUGUGAUGCAAUGAUAUUAUCUCUUAAUUCUAGCCAAGAAUGAUUCCCUUUUUUGUAUGUGUUUUUAUACUUUUAGACAAUAAAUAACUUUUGAUUUACUCAUAGCAAA